AUCAUCUCACCAUGCAUGGUUUCAAGUAUCAACCGUAAAUUGGUUUAGUUCAAUAACAUAUUUUACACAUUCAUACAUCUUAAAGCUGCGAUGAAAGCUGGGUCAUCAACAUUCACCAUACUCCUAUACGUUCUUGCUAUCUCGCUGGUCUUGUCUCCAAUACUUCCAUGUCAAGCAACUAGUUUGCCUCUAGGAGGUGGAGGGCGUAAGUUGAUGGCACCGUCACCACCAAUUCUCAUGUGUCCACAGUGUGAAUGUUGUGCACCUGCUCCACCCGGUUUUUGCUGCCCAUGUCGUUGUCCAGACGGUCCCUAAAAAAGUCACAGCCUCAUCAUAAGGGCCUAUUGUCAUGUGUUAAAUAUGUGUGAUCGUUUAGUUUAUAUGUAUGAAUAAUUAAGUAAAACAAAAAAUGUACUUUUAUGUGUGUUUGAAUAAGCAAAUUCGGGUUCUGUUGUAUGAUUUUAAGUAUUUUAGUUUUGAUGUUCUCCUUGGAGAGGUAUUAAGUGCAAUAAAGUUAUUGAAAGCGUAUAGAAUUCACUACAA